UACACAAAUGCGCGUCCUUUUUGGUCCAACUUCCAACAUCCAACACAAAUCACAAACCUAAUCGAGAAAAAUAAAAUAGUAGAUCAAAAAAGUUAUACAGACAAGGCAAGAAGUAGCAAAAUCCUUUCAGUUUCAUUUUGUCGGCUGUGAAAAAAAAUUUUAAGGUCGUCUUAAGUGUGUAGAAAAUAUAAUAAAACGCGCUUUCUUUUGCUGAAAAAGUAUAUUUGUUCAAAAUUCUUACAAAUAAAAUCUUAACUAUUAUUUUAAAAGAAAAGAGUGUUGUGAUUUCCAAAAGGAUAAAACAAUAAAAAAAAUAUAUAUAUAAUAAAAAUUUUCCCUUCGAUUAUACCUAUACAUACACCUUCCCCUCCGUUUGCUUGUCAUUUUUCACGUGUGUAUUUGCUAUUUAUAUUUGCCAUUUUGCUAGUGAAUUAAUUUAAUGAUUAAUUGUUAUUGUGCUUGGCGUAAAUUAAAAAUAUUUUUUUAAAUAAUAUUUAACCUUUUCUUCCCAUCAAUCCUGCUAUAUCUUAACUUUUCAUAAUUUUUCUUUGUUAAUUUUACUUUUAAACAAAUUUAAAGAGCAAAAAAAAAAACGAAACGCAUGCACUAGAAAAAGGGAAAAAAGUCAAAUCGAACAGAUCUGAACCCAACGCCAUCGUCGUUGUUGAAGUCUUGAAGUUUGGCAAACGAGGAACAAUUUUGGCAGCCAUCGUCGUCGCUGCCGAUAGUGUUCCCUUUUGUUUUUCUUUAUUUUGCGGAUUUCCCUCAGUUUGUUCUCGGCAGACGGGAUUUUAUUGUAAAAAUUAAAUCAGCAAUUAAUUUGUUUUGAAUUUAAUUCAUAUCAAUUACAUUGGAAAAAAUUCAUCUAAACAAAAAAUAAACAAAAUGUAUGGUAAUAAUAUGAAUGGCUACGCGCCGCCAUACGGUUACAACGGGUACAGACAGAGUGGUGGCCGAAUAUGGGGAAUGUCCCAUUCACUGCCGUCCGGAAUGGACACAGACUUCACAUCCUCAUAUCCAACAUCUUCGUCACUCAAUUCACGUCGAAUGUAUGGGGAUUUUCAAACCAAUAGUGCAAUGGGCUCUGUCGGCAAUAUGGCAGCAAUGAGCGCAAAUUCAUUAAGUGGUGGACCUUCUUUAAAUAACAGCGGGACAAAUCUAAUAGUAAACUAUUUGCCACAAGAUAUGACAGACCGUGAGUUGUAUGCGUUAUUUAGGUCAAUUGGUCCUAUUAACACUUGCAGAAUAAUGAGAGACUUUAAGACUGGAUACAGUUUUGGUUACGGUUUUGUUGACUUUGCGUCGGAGGCCGAUUCGCAGCGAGCUAUAAAGACCUUGAAUGGAGUUCAAGUUCGGAACAAGCGACUUAAGGUUUCAUUAGCACGACCAGGUGGCGAACAAAUUAAAGAUACAAAUUUAUAUGUCACGAAUCUUCCACGAACAAUUACCGAAGAGCAAUUAGAUGUCAUAUUCGGUAAAUACGGGCAAAUUGUACAAAAGAAUAUCCUUAGAGAUAAACUGACCGGAAAGGCCCGAGGUGUAGCAUUUGUAAGAUUUAACAAACGCGAAGAAGCCCAAGAAGCAAUCUCAGCUCUUAACAACGUAAUACCGGAGGGUGGCUCUCAACCAUUGUCCGUCCGCAUUGCAGAAGAGCACGGCAAGGCGAAAGCACACAGCUUUAUGACGGCACCUCCAGUUCCAGCGAACAUGAAUAUGAACAUGAACAUGAAUGCCUACAAUUCAAUGGUGCACAGAGGUAGACCAAAAACACGUUUCCAAAAAGUACAUCCAUAUCAGAAUCCUAAUUUUUUCUAAGAAUGAAAAAAUUAAUGCAUAAAUAACGCAAACAAAAAUUAAGAUUUAUCAUCAUCUGAUAUAUACAAUUAAAAAAAGAAACAUGAGAAACCACAUUAAUUAAUAAUAAUUACAUUCGUAGUUUAACAAAAAAAAAAGCCAACAUUUAUAGGAUUGAAUCAUUUUUUUUUUUCUCAUAACAAUUAAAUAAUAAUAUGUUUUUUUUUUAUCAGAAGGAAAUAAUUUUAAAACAAUUAUAUUUUUUUUUUGUUUAAAUAUAGAUUUAAUAACACUUUUUAACUAUUAUUCCUCGGUGGUUGAACAAUUAUUCAACUAUUUACUUGUACUACCCGAUGGGUUGCAAGCUAGGCAGCCUUUUGAUCUGCUGAGGACGUAUAGUUGUAGGAAAAAAUCAUAUUUUUUUUAUCAACAACCAUCAAGUAAUCAUUUUAGAGUUAAAUAUAGACAUAUAAUAUUUUUUGUUUUGGUAAUGGAAAACAAUUUGAAUUCUUUUGUUUUUUUUUUUAUGUCAGUUAUUUUUCAGGAAGGCCUUUAAUGCCUUAAAUGAAAACCGCCAUUUUCAUAUAGCAUAAAGGUUUUGAAAAUUUAUGAAAAUAUUAUAUUUUUUUUUUUAAUAUUAGAAACCAACCAAAAUAAGAUUCUAGGAACUCAAAAGAUUGAGGUACGACGAUUUGCCCCUUUUAAAUUCGUACUGAUUGAAUUCGAUUGAAUUUGAUACAUUUUCUAAUAUUAGAUUAUAUUUGUAUUAGUUUAGAUAUCUGUCUUUUCCCCUGUUCUAUAAGCAGGCAAAUACGCCAAACUCAAUUCCCAUCAUGGUUUUAUGAAAAAAACAGUCACUUAACUUUAUAUUUUAGUUAUUUCAAAUAAUUUGUUUUAUCACCCUAACCACAAAAUAACAAUUUCAAAACAAAAAAUCGUCCCUCCAACUAUAGUCUAUACGUUAAUGUUUUAUAUUUACAUUUUUUUAACAAAAGAAAUACAUUUCGUAUCAACGAAAAACUACAUAAUUUAAAAUAUAUAUAUAUAAAGUUAAAUACAUACAUAAAAUGAAAACAUCUUAUUUUUUUGUGUGUGUUAAAUAAUGAAACAUAUAAUCGAACAGAAAAUUAGUUUGUUGAAAAAAAGCAAAUAAAUUAAGAAUUGGUCAGAGUUUGAAAAUAUAGAUAUACAUAUAAAAAAAAAAAAACAAAAAACAGGAUUAACAUUUUAAGAUAUAUGAAUAUUUGACAAAAAAUACAAUUACAUACUUUUUCAAUUAACUAAUAUUACAAGUUCUAAUUAUUACAGUACAUACUACAUGUGUUUAAACAUUUAUAAAAUUAUAUAAGUAUAUUUGAACGUGAAAUUAUAA